AACUGGGCGGAGUCUCUGCGUGAGCACGCCACAGAGAGGGGCGUGGCCUGGCCCCAUGCGCGCGCCUUGCCGCGGGUGAUCAGCUGGUCUGCGCUCCCCUGACGUGGGCUGGGGCACGUCACCGCCGAAUGGCAGCCUCCAGAAAGCCACCGCGAGUAAGGGCAAAUCACCAGGAUUUUCAGCUGAGAAAUUUAAGAAUAAUUGAACCUAACGAGGUGACACCCUCAGGAGACAAGAGUGUGGAACCAGAUCACAGGAUGGCUCCAAAGGUGACUUCAGAGCUUCUUCGGCUGCUGCGACAAGCUAUGAGAAACUCCGAGUACGUGGCAGAACCAAUCCAGGCCUACAUCAUCCCAUCAGGAGAUGCCCACCAGAGUGAGUACAUCGCACCCUGUGACUGUCGGAGGGCCUUUGUCUCUGGGUUUGAUGGCUCUGCAGGCACAGCCAUCAUCACGGAAGAGCAUGCAGCCAUGUGGACCGACGGGCGCUACUUUCUGCAAGCUGCCAAGCAGAUGGACAACAACUGGACCCUCAUGAAGAUGGGCCUGAAGGACACACCCACUCAGGAGGACUGGCUGGUGAGUGUGCUUCCGGAAGGAUCCAGGGUUGGUGUCGAUCCCCUCAUCAUUCCCACAGACUACUGGAAGAAGAUGGCCAAGGUACUCCGAAGUGCUGGUCACCACCUAGUGCCUGUGAAGGAGAACCUUGUGGACAAAAUCUGGACAGACCGGCCGGAGCGUCCCUGCAAGCCCCUCCUCACACUGGGUCUGGAUUAUACAGGCAUCUCCUGGAAGGAGAAGGUUGCAGAUCUUCGGUUGAAAAUGGCGGAGAGAAGCAUCGCGUGGUUUGUGGUCACUGCCCUAGAUGAGAUUGCGUGGCUGUUCAAUCUCCGAGGGUCAGAUGUGGAGCACAAUCCGGUAUUUUUCUCCUAUGCCAUCGUAGGACUAGAGACCAUCAUGCUCUUCAUCGAUGGGGAUCGCAUCGACGCACCUGCUGUGAAACAGCACCUGCUCCUGGACCUUGGCCUGGAGGCUGAGUAUAAAAUCCAGGUGCUUCCUUACAAGUCUGUCCUGAGUGAGCUCAAGACCCUGUGUGCUGACCUCUCCCCGAGGGAGAAAGUGUGGGUCAGUGACAAAGCCAGCUAUGCUGUGAGCGAGGCCAUCCCCAAGGAUCAUCGCUGCUGUAUGCCUUAUACACCCAUCUGCAUUGCCAAAGCCGUGAAGAACUCAGCUGAGUCAGAAGGCAUGAGGCGAGCACAUAUCAAAGAUGCCGUUGCCCUCUGUGAGCUCUUCAACUGGCUGGAGCAAGAGGUUCCCAAAGGUGGUGUAACGGAGAUCUCAGCUGCUGACAAAGCCGAGGCAUUUCGAAGGCAGCAGGCCGACUUUGUGGACCUGAGCUUCCCAACCAUCUCCAGCACGGGACCCAACGGCGCCGUCAUACACUACGCGCCGGUCCCUGAGACGGACAGGACGCUGUCCCUGGAUGAGGUGUACCUUAUUGACUCCGGUGCUCAGUACAAGGAUGGAACCACAGAUGUCACCCGGACCAUGCACUUUGGAACCCCUACGGCCUAUGAGAAGGAAUGCUUCACAUACGUCCUCAAGGGCCACAUCGCUGUGAGCGCAGCUGUUUUCCCAACAGGAACCAAAGGACACCUUCUAGACUCCUUUGCACGGUCAGCUCUGUGGGAUUCUGGGCUGGAUUACUUGCAUGGAACAGGACAUGGUGUUGGGUCUUUUUUGAAUGUUCACGAGGGUCCGUGCGGCAUCAGUUAUAAAACGUUCUCUGAUGAGCCCUUGGAAGCUGGCAUGAUCGUCACUGAUGAGCCGGGAUAUUAUGAAGAUGGAGCUUUUGGGAUCCGCAUCGAGAACGUCGUUCUGGUGGUCCCAGCGAAGACCAAGUAUAAUUUCAAUAACCGAGGAAGCCUGACCUUUGAACCUCUAACUUUGGUUCCCAUCCAGACCAAAAUGAUAGAUGUGGAUUCUCUUACAGAUAAAGAGUGUGACUGGCUCAACAGCUACCACCAAACCUGCAGGGAUGUGAUUGGGAAGGAACUGCAGACCCAGGGCCGCCAGGAAGCUCUCGAGUGGCUCAUCAGAGAGACAGAGCCAAUCUCCAAGCAGCAUUGAUAGUGCCCUGCGCUUGUUUCUGUAGGAUGCUCUGGGCGAAGGAAGAAACCUGGCCAAUCCCUGACCUCUCCUUACCUCUUCCUCCCCGACUCCCCUUUUUACUUUUAGACACUAAGAAGAACUGGAACUCUUCUUAACCACUUUGAUAUUUUCUUGCAAACAGUCUUUUAUGAAUUUUUAAUUGUUGAGAAUGAGCCAAGAAUAAAAUUGCUACAUCAGAGGGAGGGGGCCCCACAAAGCUGAAUGAAGACUUGACAAGGAGGAGACCCCUGAGUCCUCUGGCCAGUGAUGGUGAACACUGACUGCUCCAUGAUGGUCUCAUUACAGGUGCUAGUACACCAGUCACGGUCACCUUGAUGUCCCUGAGACCCUCUUAAAAUCAGUGAAUAAAAACAGCAGAACUCUG